AAAAACCCUGGGCCAUCUAUCCUCAUACCACCAAUUGUAAAUAGAAGAUAUUUCGGUAGUAACAAUACUGCUCGAUCUGAGAAGAUUAAUGAAUAUUCCAACAAAUUCUUAGUAUAUUCCGUGUUAUUCGGUGCUGCUGCCUUUACCUCCUACAAAGUGUGGAAAAAUCACACCAUUAUACCAUCCAUCAAUGCUGCUGAAGAAGUUGUUGACUCAGACUCUGAAUCUGAAAGUGAGAUAGAAACAAGGAAAAAACGAUUUAGAAAAGAAAAAGUUGGCUUUAGAGAUCGGAAGAUUAUUGAGUAUGAAAAUCGUAUGCGAGCCUAUUCUACUCCUGAUAAAAUAUUCAGAUACUUUGCUACAGUCAAAUUGACAUAUGGUGAAAAUACUGAAGUAUACAUGACCCCUGAUGAUUUCCUUAGAGCCAUCACACCAGGAAUGAAACAACCUGAUGGUUUGGGGUUAGACCAGUAUCGAAGAUAUGAUCCAAAGAACAUCAAUGAGACUAUCAGCCAACGACUUAAUUUAGACCUUCAUGAAGACUCAAUAUUCUACAAGCUCGGUUCUUCCGGCCUUAUUACUUUCAGCGAUUACAUAUUCUUACUCACUGUGCUGUCAACGUCACGUCGUCACUUCGAAAUCGCUUUUCGCAUGUUCGAUCUAAACGGAGAUGGAGAUGUAGAUUGCGAGGAAUUUGAGAAGGUUGCCGCGCUCAUCCGGCAACAGAGCAGCAUUGGAUCGAGGCAUCGCGAUCAUGCCAAUACGGGGAACACUUUUAAGGGUAUAAAUUCAGCACUUACUACGUAUUUCUUUGGUCCGAAACUCAACGAGAAAUUGACGAUAGAAAAAUUCUUAGACUUCCAACAGCAACUACAAAAAGAAAUUUUAUCAUUGGAAUUUCAGAGAAAGCAACCAGAUGAAAAUGGUCGUAUAACAGAAGCUGACUUCGCAGAGUUAUUAUUGGCAUAUGCUGGUUACCCUGCUAAAAAAAAGACAAGGAUGCUCAAAAGAGUAAAAAAGGCUUUCCGCGACCAUGGCGUCGGUAUAACCAAAGACGACUACCUCAAGUUCUUCCACCUACUAAACAAUAUAAACGACGUGGACACAGCGCUAACGUUCUACCACAUAGCGGGCGCGUCCAUAGACCAGCCGACCCUCAGACACGUCGCGAGAACUGUGGCCCAUGUGGACCUGGACCCGCACGUUAUUAACGUCGUCUUCACCAUAUUUGAUGAGAAUAUGGACGGACAACUAAGUAACCGAGAGUUUGUAGCGGUUAUGAAGAACAGACUGCUUCGCGGCUUAGAGAAACCAAAGGACACUGGAUUUGUUAAACUCAUGUAUUCGCUUAUCAAAUGCGCUAGGGACACUAAACCUGCUUUGUUGGAUUUUUAAUUAUUUUUGUUAAGUUUUGAAUGCAUAUAGUGAAGCAACCAUGAGUCUUUUUACUAAUCUUUGUUCAUUGAUAAUGUUAUUGUUGUAAAAGUAUUCGUAUAAAUUGUUUGCCUGCGUGUUUUUAAUACGAUUUUACUGAACAGACUGUUUUUUUUCAACGCGUAAAUUAUUAUUAAUUAUUAAAAUAUUAUAAAUCGUCGUCGAGCAACGUUUGUCUUAACAAUAUCCGAUAUUAUACAUUUUAUGUAUUUUAUAUGAGUUGAUUUAUUUACAUAACCGCGAGAUGCAUUAUAUACAAAUUUGGAAAUUUCAUACAAAUUCGAAGAACAAAGUAUUGCUAAAAAAAACUACUGGUUGAAUCUCUGAUUAUGUAUAUUAUUAAAAAUAUUAUCUGAUGCUUUACAGCUGCAGUAAGCGUCCUUGUUAUAUAAUUCUUAUCCUAGUUAUAAAAUCAUGAAAAACUUCUUAGAUAAUUGACUUCUUUAUAUUUAAAAUUUCUUUUUAAUUGAAAUCAAAGAAAACGUUUACUCAAAGAAAUUUGUAAAUGUUUAUAAUGUGUUCUAAAUUAACAAAGUAUUAAAGCAAAUGUAUCUCACUGUUUUUCAUGAAAUAUUAUGUAAAAUGUACUUGUGUGUGAAGUGAAUUAUAUGAAGUUAGUUUUGGAUGUUCGAAAGUGUUACUUGCUUAUUCUUCAUUGAAUUUUAUUUUAUAAUAUUUUUCAUUACUAAUUAUCAUAAAUCACAUUAUAAGCUAACACACUGUAUAAGUAAGUUCUUUUGUUGAUCUUUUUUAACUGGAUUUAUUAUUUGCUUUUCAAUUUUUGUUAGAUUUGUUUUGCGAUAAGAGGUCUAUAAUAAUUCUAAGUAACAAUGAUGCGGGAAGGACCUUUAGAUAGAAUAACAUUAAACUACAAAAUAGGCACUUCAAAAAUAUUAUAAUACGAUAGAGGAAUUGAAGUUAAUUUCACUCUAUAUAAUUAUAAUCUAGAAACUAAGAUCUAAUAUUAUGGAUAUAUACGACCACUACUCCAAAUAGUCUAAAAAUCUUGCCAGCUGUGCCAUUUUGUUAAAGUAGUUUGCCACUUAUCACACUUAAAAUUACACUGAAAUAAGAAAGGAAACACUAUUUAAAUCUUUUAAAUCUUUGGCAUGGAAGUAUCAUCAUAUAAUUUAACUAUUAUUAAGUUCAAAAUAUCCACUUAUUAUUAUAAUAUAAGCGUGACAAAAGUUAGAAAUAAUACCUAGUAAAUAAGAUUUAUCUCCUACGUUAGAUCUUUGAUUUAACAUAAAUUGAAAUAGUAUGUAUUUCCGUUAAAAUAAUUUUGAUUUACAAUAAUUAAAAAGCUCAAUGUCUUUAUUUACUAUUGGAAAAGUUUUCUUAUGGGUCAAAUUAAUUUUAUUAUGUGUCAAAACAUGUACCUACUAACAAUUUCAAUGAAAAAUGUUCAAUACAAAUUUAUUUUGCAUAUUGGUCCAAGUAUUACAGGUAUCUGUUCUGGUCAUUAAUUUUAAAUUUAUUAUUUAUUAAGCAAUUGUACCGGUAGUAUAAUAUUACUUUGUAAGCUUUAAUUAUUAUUAUAUCUACACAUUUUAUUUUUAGACUUUCAAAUAUUUGUACUUGACCUGCUAUGAUUAUUAUAUGACAUUUAUUUGAUCAUUUAUAAUUUAAGUUUACUCAUUUAUUUACUAAUUAUUAUAUUUUAAGUCAUUGUUUUCUAUUACAGAAUUGUUCGUUAAUGUUGUUUUAUUCAUACACAUGUAACCAAUUAUUUUAAUUUAAUUUAUUAGAGCAAUUAGGUUAGUGAGAAAAGAUGUAAUGCAAGAUGACCCAAUUUACGUAGCAGUGUGCAGCAGGUGUGAACCAAAUUAUUUAAUAAGAAUUACAUUAUGGUGAGUGAUUGUUGUUACGACCUGGAAUUCUGUUUAGAAAUUUGUUAAUCAAACUAACAAGAUGUCCACACUUUUGGCUCGCUAAUUUAGGAUUAACGACAACGUUUGGAAAUUUACAGAGUUUAGUGCACCCAUUCGGAGAAACGAUAGCUCAUACAAAGCAUAUCGAUCUAGAAACGUCUUCAUAUCUCAAAAGCUACGUUCAGAUCAUUGAACCACACGUAAAGCGAAAGAAUUAUUGCGAAUUUCGUAUUGGCCCAGAAACAGCGCGGCCGGCGUCCGUCUGUAAAUCACGCGAGGCACAACACGUCGAACGUCUCGCGCGCUCUAUCCUCGACGCGAAAAAUAGACGUUUUAUGUUCCCGGGAAUAAUUCUCCGACAGACGCUACACUGUACGAGCGACACGGUCGGGGAAAAGACGCCGCAUCGCGCCCUCUG